GGGCGGGCCCUGUUUCCGGCUUGAGAAAUCGUCGCGUUUCUGAGGCGACGCCUCAGCCGGCGGUUAGCCUCGGCGCAGGGAGUCGCUCGGAGCGGCGGGUCUCGGCCCCGGCGUCACCAUGGGGGCCGUCCUGGGCGUCUUCUCCCUCGCCAGCUGGGUUCCAUGCCUCUGUAGUGGUGCAUCAUGUCUGCUAUGCGGUUGCUGUCCCAUCAGUAAGAAUUCCACUGUAACUCGGCUCAUCUAUGCUUCUAUUCUCAUCCUUGGCACUAUUGUGUCUUGCAUCAUGAUGACAGAAGGUAUACAAACUCAGCUGAAGAAGAUUCCUGGAUUCUGUGAAGGAGGAUUUAAAAUCAAGAUGGCUGACACACAGGCAGAGAAAGACUGUGAUGUGCUGGUUGGUUUUAAAGCUGUAUACCGGAUCAACUUUGCUGUGGCUAUCUUUUUUUUUGCCUUCUUUUUGCUCAUGUUAAAAGUAAGAACAAGUAAAGAUCCCAGAGCAGCAAUACACAAUGGGUUUUGGUUCUUCAAAAUUGCUGCCAUUAUUGGUAUCAUGGUUGGAUCUUUCUACAUCCCUGGGGGUCAUUUCACUUCAGUCUUGUUUUAUGCUGGCAUUAUUGGGGCUACUUUGUUCAUUUUAAUCCAGCUGGUGCUCUUGGUAGACAUGGCUCACUCCUGGAAUGAAUCAUGGGUAAAUCGUAUGGAAGAAGGAAACCCAAGGUUCUGGUAUGCUGCUUUGCUGUCUUUUACAAGCCUCUUUUAUAUCCUUUCGAUCAUCUUUGCCGUGUUGCUCUACGUCUUUUAUACGAAACCCGAUGGCUGCACAGAAAACAAAGUCUUCAUCAGCCUCAACCUGAUAUUUUGUGUUGCGGUUUCUAUUGUAUCCAUCCUUCCCAAAAUUCAGGAACAUCAGACUCGUUCUGGCCUCCUGCAGUCUUCCAUCAUCACUCUGUACACUCUUUACCUCACGUGGUCAGCCAUGACCAAUGAACCUGACCGUUCCUGCAACCCCUCCCUUAUGAGCAUCAUUACACAUCUCACUUCACCAACCAUGUCUCCAGCAAACUCAACUACUCUUGCUCCUGCCUAUACUCCACCAUCACAGAAUGGACACUUUAUGAAUUUGGAUGAUUUUGGGGGUCUGUUUAUCUUUGUUGUCUGCCUUAUAUAUUCUAGCAUCCGUACUUCAAGCAAUAGCCAAGUUAACAAGCUGACCCUCUCUGGGAGUGACAGUGUUAUCCUUGGUGACACAACCAAUGGAGCCAGUGACGAAGAAGAUGGACAGCCACGGCGGGCUGUAGACAACGAGAAGGAGGGUGUGCAGUAUAACUACUCUUUAUUCCACCUGAUGCUCUGCUGUGCUUCCUUGUACAUCAUGAUGACCAUAACCAGCUGGUACAGCCCUGAUGCCAAGUUCCAGAAGGUAUCCAGCCAGCGGCUAUCUGUAUGGAUCAAAAUGAGCUCCAGCUGGGUGUGCCUCCUCCUUUAUCUCUGGACUCUAGUGGCUCCACUGGUCCUCACAGGUCGGGACUUCAGCUGAGCUCAGAGUGUCAGGGACACUGCUAACAAAGUCUUCUUUCCUGAAAAUGCAUAUCCAUUUUACAUUCUGUCAACUAAACUAUUAAGUAAACGCUUUGCAAAUUUGGCUGUAUUCAGGUUUAUAUCAAAAGGCAAGAUUGAAUAAUGCUUGAUACAGAAUCUGAGCUUUCAUAUAUAUAUAUAUACACAUACACAUAUAUAUUAUGUUUAUUUGUAAGGGAACAUUUUUGUGUUUUAACGUGAACUACAGCUGUGCUGUGAGGAGAAUUCUUUAUAAAAAAAAGACCUGUAGAUUCCUACAACUUUGAUUUAAACUGUAAGUUAGAAGAUUGUUGGUAUUUGAGGCUAUCUUUAAUAUAUUUCUAUUACAGUCUCCUUAAAAACCAAAAAAGGAAUGCAUUAAUCCACAUUCCCUCAGUAAAUGUUUUUGCUGUAUGACACAGUCACACUGUUUCUUGCAUAGGCUUUUCAGAGGUGUAGCGUCUUGGUUCUUGGCAAGGAAUUAUGUAUGUAGAUCCUUCCCCAGAAAUGUGGCUACUCAUAAGGCUGAGAGAAGGCUAUUGAGUUCCUUUAUUUACUUUUAUACUACAAUGACGCUGCUUGAUAGAAGUCUGUGGCUUUGUCAGAUAUGUCAUCCCAGUAAAUGUUUUGUAGAUUUGAUUAAAAUGAAAGUUCACUUGGGAAACACUGCAGUGUUACAUGAUCUUGUUAAGAGUGUGUAAAAAUCAAAAGCAUGUUAGUUUAUUACAUUUGCACUAUAAAAGUACUUCAUUAAAAUA